AUGGGCUCUCGCGACAGGACGUCGAUGGCCUCACGCACCCCGCGGCCUGAGGAGCGGGAGCGCAGGCGGCUGUCCCCUCGGCUCCUGCUCGGGGUCCCCGCCCCGCUGGGACCUGGCCCCUGCCCCGGGGAGCAGGUGAGACCUGGCCGCUGCCCUGGGGACCAGCAUGUGACGCGACGCCGAAGAGCAGGUAAAAUCUCAGAGGCACACGUGCUCAGAGAUCCGACCACAAACCCUCACUCUCAAAAUGCACCAGAGUUGACGGGAACGAUGGGUGAGCAGGAGAAGGCUGGGACCGAGGACAAAGGACUGGUCAGUCCGAAAAGCAAACUGCCUGGAGCCCCGGUGACAAGCGCGUGGGCCGACGCCCGGCUGCGUGACGCGGCGAGGAGGCUGCGGCACCGGACAGCCCUGCACAGGACGCCGCUGGCAGAGGGAGACCUGUCCUCUGCCGAGUGCAGCCCCCAGGCUGCCAAGCCCACAGCUGUGUCGUCAGCCCAGGAGAGCACCGCUCAGCUCAGAGAGGAGCACUGCGGCGCGGCCUGUUGUGAACUCCAGACAGUGCCUCUUAUGGAGCAGGUGAAGCGAAUCAGACUCCCAAGAAGCAUCGACUCAUACACAGAUCCUUGCUACCUCCUGUGGCUCCUGCUCCUCACCUCCGCCUACUCCUGGAACUGCUGGCUGAUCCCCGUGCGCCUGGCCUUCCCCUAUCAGACUCCAGACAACGCGUACUGCUGGCUGGCGGUGGACAUUGUGUGUGACACCAUCUACCUGGGCGACAUGCUGUUCGUUCAGCCCAGGAUCCAGUUCCUAAGAGGAGGAGACCUCAUAGUGGAUUCCGGUGAGCUCGCAAGGCACUACAGGAGUUCUGUGAAAUUUAAGUUGGAUGUCGCAUCAGUAAUGCCACUUGAUGUUUUCUGCCUCUUCUUCGGGUUUAAUCCAAUAUUUAGGACAAACAGGAUAUUGAAGUACAGGUCAUUCUUUGAGUUUAACCACCACCUGGAGUCGAUCAUGGACAGGGCCUGUGUCUACAGAGUCGUCCGCACGACGGGCUACCUGCUGUUUGCUCUGCACCUGAAUGCCUGCCUCUACUACUGGGCUUCCCACCACGAAGGAAUUGGAACCACCAAGUGGGUCUACAGCGGGGAAGGAAACCAGUACCUGAGGUGUUAUUACUGGGCCGUUCGAAGUCUGAUUACCAUCGGGGGCCUCCCAGAACCACAGACUUUAUUCGAAAUUCUGUUUCAACUGCUGAACUUUUUCUUGGGGGUCUUUGUGUUCUCCAGUCUGAUUGGCCAGAUGCGCGAGGUCAUCGGGGCCGCGCGGGCUGCGCAGAGCGACUUCCGGAUGCACCUGGACCACACCCUCGCCUACAUGAGCACCUACUCCAUUCCCGAGGCUGUGCAGACCCGGGUCCGGACCUGGUACCAGUACACGUGGGACUCUCAAAGGAUGCUGGACGAGUCGGCCCUGCUGGAGGUUCUGCCGGCCGCGAUGCAGUCAGCACUCGCCCUGGACGUGAACUUCAGCAUUCUCAGCAAGGUGGACCUGUUCAAGGGCUGUGACACACAGAUGCUCUGCGACCUGUUGCUCAGGUUGAAAUCCACCAUCUAUUUACCUGGUGACUUCAUCUGCAGAAAGGGAGAAAUUGGCAAGGAAAUGUACAUCGUGAAGCAGGGGGAGGUCCAGGUCCUUGGAGGCGCCGAUGGUGCUCAAGUUCUGGUCACUCUGAAAGCCGGGACCGUGUUCGGGGAAAUCAGUCUCCUGGCAGCGACUGGGGGUAACCGCCGGACGGCCAGUGUGGUGGCCCACGGCUUUGCCAACCUUCUCACUCUGGACAAGAAGGCCCUCCGAGAAAUCCUGGUGCAUCACCCAGAUUCAGAGAAGCUCCUCAGGAAGAAAGCCAGAGUGCUUCUCAAGAGGAAGACUCCAGCCACAAGGGCUACCUCGCCAGUGGAAGGACGCGCCUUCCCAUUCCCACCAGGACCACAGACACCCAAACUGUACAGGGCGCUCCUAGGAGGCACAGGUAGAGCCGGCCUUGCUCGACUGCGCAGACUGAGGAGAGAGCAGAUGGCUCAGGUGAGCAGGGAAGCCAUGGGCAGUGAUGGGAGGCGCUGGGCCAGACCCCCUCUGCCUGAUGGCGAUCUUAGCCUUCAUAUCGUCCGUCACGACUGCAUGGUGUGUCGUUAUGAUUUCAAUACCAGUUCUCCACUUCCCAGGAAAACUGUGUGCACUCCGGAGGAGGGGACAGAGGACCGGGAUGUGGAGAUGCAGGAGGAUGGCUGUCUCCUGGCAGCGACUGGGGGUAACCGCCGGACGGCCAGUGUGGUGGCCCACGGCUUUGCCAACCUUCUCACUCUGGACAAGAAGGCCCUCCGAGAAAUCCUGGUGCAUCACCCAGAUUCAGAGAAGCUCCUCAGGAAGAAAGCCAGAAGGGCAGCGUUGCCCAGAGGAGCUGCCCACCACUCGCUCCUCAUCAGCGUGGCUCCUGCCAAGACCGAGGCCGAGGCUAAGGCAGGGGACGAGGUGCUGAUGGUUGAAGUCAGGGAACAGGCUCCGCAGUAA